AUGAAGCUACUACUUGCUCUGGUAACCUUAGUGGCUAGUAUUCUCUCAGCGUCUAUUGAGAAUUUGUCCAGGAUAUACGGCUUCAAAUAUUGUCGACGCAGAUGGUUGCUUGUCGAGUAUCAGACUGAUACCCGAUUACACGUAAAGAUAUACGAUGCUGGCCUUGAUGUAUACCAAGACAUCAAUAUAGGCCAAACUGAUUCAGGUGAUCAGUUUCUCGAGUACAACAUCAUCGGUGGCUAUGCCGAAGUCGUUGGGUUGCCUGCUAUGAUGUCUUGCUGGGCGUCUGGUGGUUCCACCAGUGCAACGUACUACCUCCCGGGCGACGUGUUCUACGACUUCUAG